AUGUCUUCAUCUACUUCUACCUCAAAUUUUACCUCAAAUUCCACUCUUAGCGGCCAUCCCCCUCCGCGCAUGCCUCAUGACUCUCCGAAAAACCUUGGUAGUGAUAUGACCAUGUUCUUUUUUGGUCAGCCAGAUACCCCAACGCGGUUUCCUACAUCAGAUGAACAACUUAUAAAGAGCCUUAAUGUUGAAGCUCUUGGCAGGGUUUUUCUUCCACCCCCUCCCUAUAUGACACUGCCUGAAUAUUCUGUGCUGCGUCCCGAAGGGCACCGAUCCCCUGAUCCACUGCCGAUCUACUUUAGUCUCAACCUCUCUGUCUAUAACCAGCAGAUUGUUGAUUCGGAGUGGCAGAAUCAGUGGUUCCAUUUCACUGGCAAAGUACACCCCUACUCACUGGAGUGGGUCCUACGGGAGCCUGAUGUUUUCAGCGAUGAAGAUGGUGACGGCGAAGUGUACAAGUGCUGUACCUACAUCACGCCGGGUCAGCCAUCAAAGAGCCCUUUCAAAGGCUUCCACCCCUUUCAAGUUUUUAUUCUCUUUCCUAUUCAUGCUUUGCUAUUCUCUCUCCUCUGCAAGAAGAUGGCAGAUAGGAAAGAUACGCAGUUUGUUCCAGGUGUUCCCUUCAACUGCGUCGGCAAGAUUGUUGGCCUGCUUGACCAUAGUCUUAUGGUGGCUGCCCCUACAGUUGAUGAGAAGGACUAUGUUUUCAUUGUCGUUCCCGACUCUUGGACGUUUCCGGACAAGAGCACACCACCUGCACCUGCCGCUAACACAGUCCCCCCCUCUAAAACCGAACCUGGCCCAUCCUAA